AUGCGAACCGGCCAGACUUCUGUGCUGGCCGUUUUUCUCCGAGCCAUCCACCCACCUACAACCUCAACGGUCGGAGAAGUAGCGUUUCAUGCCGGCCAGACAGUAUUGCGGUCGGUCGGUUGUUUUCGCGCCAGCCCGCCUCAUCUUCGUCUUCGUCUUCGUCUUCCCUCUUCUCACGUCUUCUUGUCACGUCUCCUCGGAGGCGGUGAACUCGACGGACCUAUGAUUAGAGACGACCGACUCAAAGCUGGUCUCGUUCAACGUCUACCCAAGCCAGCCAGCCAGCCUCGAUCCGAGGUUCUGUUCUACUCCAAUUUUGGCGCUCUUCAACUAUCCCGACAAGGUCAACUUGCGCUCCUGUCAAUAGCCUCGAGACAAACUCAAAGCGGAAAAUUCUGCGAGUCAUUAUGGGAUAGAAAAUGA